UCUUGUUGGAUUAUGUAUUAUCUUUUACCUUAAUUUAGAAAUAUGUGAAGUUAUUGUUAUCAGAUACAAUUCAAAGCGACACAUUAAGAGUGUCUGUCUGCUAGUUUUGAGAAUUCAGCUCUCUCCAGAAUCAUAGACACAAUACGGCAUUUUCUUCGAUGUCUUUGCAAGGAAACAAGGGCGUUUCGUAUUCGGAGCUUUUGGGGAUAAAAUUGUGCUCCUAAAUGAGCGAGAAUGCAUCAGUUACUGUAGCACAGAUGCAACAUAGUCUUCAAGAUCAACAGAUUCUUGGACCUUGAUACUGGAUAAAAAUAUUUGGACAUUCGUCGUAAAUGGAUCGCCAUUCAAGUUUUAUUUCUCUCUGGUUUCAGCUGGAACUUUGUGCAAUGGCUGUGCUUCUCACUAAAGGAGAGAUCAGGUGCUAUUGUGAUGCGCCGCACUGCGUUGCCACAGGAUACAUGUGCAAAUCAGAACUGAACGCAUGUUUCACGAAGGUCUUAGACCCACUUAAUACAAACUCUCCGCUUACACAUGGCUGCCUAGACCCAAUAGUCAGUUCUGUGGACGUGUGCGUUACGAAGAGGCUGGACGUUUUAAACGGAGUCUCGUCAACGAUAGAGUGCUGUCAUGACGACAUGUGCAAUUACAGAGGACUGCAUGACCUCGCGCACACUCGAGGUGACUCCACAGGUAAGUCAGACCGUUACCAGCCAGACGGCUCAAACCAGAACCUGAUCACGCGUGUACAGGACCUGGCCUCAGCCAAAGAGGUAUGGUUCCGGGCGGCGGUGAUUGCGGUACCCAUCGCGGGCGGGCUCAUCUUGGUGCUUCUCAUCAUGCUCGCUCUGCGGAUGCUCCGGAGCGAGAACAAGCGAUUGCAGGCUCAGCGUCAGCAGAUGCUCUCUCGCCUGCACUACAGUUUCCAUGGCCACCACAUUAAAAAAGGCCACCACGUGGCCAAACUGGACCUGGAGUGUAUGGUACCCGUCACGGGCCAUGAAAACUGCUGCCUGAGCUGUGACAAGCUAAGGCAAGGAGCUGAGCUGAACACAGGUGGGGGGGCCGGGGGAGGAGAGCGGCUGCUUUCCCUGGUGCACUGGGGAAUGUACACAGGCCACGGGAAACUGGAGUUCGUAUGACUACUUCCAUGGUGUGGCCUUUGUGCUUUGUUUUCUUAUGACAUGCUUUUUAGGAGGACAGUCAUGAGACAUUGGACAGCUGAGAUUGUUAUUCACUGGUGUGUGAAUUGUGUCAAUUUGGUUUUUUUUUAUUUUGGACUGAUAAUUUUAUUGUAUUUUCCCUCUCUGAUAUUUUAUUGAGUCUGUCUGAAUGGAGAAUGGGGGAAAAGAAAAAAAAACAAAAACAAAAUGGACGCACAGAAUUGCGGUUUUACUUUUCAGAAUGAAGCACUUUACUUGAAUCAGAAGAACGUCAUUGUUUUUUUUUGGCGUCAACGUUAAACUUGAGUGGGUAGAGUGGGGGAGGCAAUACCUUCCCUGCUUAAUGCCCCCCCUACCGUGGAUCCUAAGCUGACACUGAAGACUGAAGGAUUCCCAACCUGUCUUAUUUUGCACAUUUGUACAAAGGUUAGGAGAUGAAAGUGAGUUGUUUCGGCUUUUAAAUAAGCCGAUUUAGCAGAAUUUCACACUGACACCAGGGUACAAGAAUUGACUUUUUUUAUUUUAGUUAAAAUCAUACAAAUAAAGAAUCCAACAUUG